UGGGAAGAACCGCUCUCUGAAGCCAAAGGAUCUGGAACUCGGGCUGGAAGCAAGUCCACUGUGCUCAAUAGGACGUACUCCUGGAUGCUGAAGCCCCUGGUGGAGAAACGCCGUCGUGACCGCAUCAACAGGAGCCUGGAGGAACUGCGUCUCCUCCUCCUGCAAAGAACCCACUGCCAGACUCUGAAGAAUCCUAAAGUGGAGAAGGCGGAGAUACUGGAGAUGGCCGUAGGAUACCUGCGGGAGAUGAACUCUGCUAAACCCCAGGGUGCGGACCUCUCUGGAGAUGGGACCCUGCAGACCUGCUACAUGAUGGGAUUCCGGGAAUGCCUCCUCGGCCUGGCGGCCUUCAUCCAGCAGGCCCACCCUUCGGUCCAGAGUCACCUGCUGGAUACCUUGCACCUCUACCUCGCCUCCAAGCCAGAGCCCCACAACCAAGACUGGAGUUGUGGGGCCUUCUCUCCGGGCUCUUCUUUGGAGGAAUCGCCUCCGAGGACCCCUGAGAGCUUCUGCUCCCCUCUGAAGAAGCUGAACGAACCCUUCCGGAGUCCAGACCACCCUUCCUCCAGCACGGGACCGCUGGGGAGCCAACAGAGACACCCCCACGAGGGCACCGCUUCGGCCAAAAGGCUCCCCCCACCACCGGCCAUGUGGCGACCUUGGCCCUAAGCCCAAGAGCAUAAACACUCCCCCUGCCCGCCCCAACCCUUUUUGUACAUAAAUAAUAAAAGCUUAUCUAUCUGUGCUGGGAUCACUGGCAGAUCUCUUGUCCAUGUAUAAUAGUAUUAAAAUGUAUCUCUUAUUACCCCACAAUGUAGCACUCCCCCCUCUCUCUGAGAAAGGUAGAUGGUUUCUUAGGAACUAGUAACUUGGCCUUCACCUAGCGAUUUGGUAGCAACACUAGAAUUGGGUCCCCCCACCCCCUUUUUAAAAAAGGGUCAAGUCAAGUCAUUCCCCCUCACCCCGAGAAAGUCCUUUGUAAUUGGACAUUUGGAUUCCUGAGAGGCCUUCACAGGUAAGUAAAGUGUUGUAUGUAAGCAAGGUGGCCAACUCCUUUUCUGAGUGAGGCCCCUGCGCCUUCAACAGCUGCAGGCCCAGGAGAAAUCCAGGGUCUGAAACUCCUCCUGGCCUUGCAUCUCCUAAAAGGAAGA